AUCCUAAUCAGGAAAACGUGUCCAAGAAGCUUCUAAGCGUUAGCAGCUAGCUAUCAAGAAAGUCUUGAGCCCAACAUUUUUUCAGCAAACAAAACAAACGUAUAAUGCAAAAUCAUUGCGCUGUACCAAGCUGCAGUAGCAGCAAAUUCGAUCCCCAGCCACUCUUCAGGUUUCCACGUGACCCGGAAAGAUCCAAGAAGUGGGUUGAAAAAUGCCAGAGGAAAGAUCUUGCAGACAAAUCACCAGACCAGCUCUACAGAUUCUACAGAGUUUGUGGAAAACAUUUCGAUACAUCUCUGAUUGAUAGUGAGGCUCAGCAUACAAUCUUAAAAGAUGAUGCAGAACCAACUGUAUUUGACAUGUUAGGGCAGCCUCCAAAUGAACAGACCAAAGACAAUGAAACAGAGCGUAAGGGGAGGAAAAAAAUGAAAAAGUCCCAAGAAGAUACAGUUAAAGAGGAUGUUCAGACAUUAUCGGAAGAGGAUGAAAACAAAGAAUUUCUCAAGUCUUUAUUUGAAGUUCUUUUACUGCUAGGAGAGCAGAGUAUUCCUCCUAUAACUUAUGGUGAUAGCAAAUGGGACACUCAAGGGCUGGGCAACUUUCAGGCAUUGUUAGAAUAUCGUAUGAAUUGUGGAGAUGGAAAUUUAAAAAAGAGGUAUGAGGUGAACAAACAGUGCUGCUCAUCAGCUCAGCUAAUUCACCUGCUUGAGGUCUGUGAGAAGUUUAUUCGUAGUAAGCUGGUUGAGGAAGUUAAACAUAAUGGCUUCUUCUCAUUACUAACUGAUGAUUUGGUGAAGAUCUCAGAGGAAUGGUACCUCCCUGUCUUCAUUCGUUUUGUGGACCAGUCUAACUGCCAGCGUGAAAGGUUUUUUGGAUUUUUGAACUUGGAAGAAGAUGAAGAUGUACUUGCAGAGAAACUGCUGUCUGAAAUUACUGAAUCUUGGGGUUUAGAUAUGGAGCAGUGUAGAGGUCAAGCUCACUCUUGUUCUGGGACUCGUUUCAGUAAAGUCAAAACAUUUGCUGCAGCACUUCUUAAAAGGUAUCCAAUGGCAGUGCUUACACUAAGAUCAACACGCACACUGAACAUAGUAUUGGCUGGUGGUAUGGCUUUGUCAGGGGUUCAGCUUGUCAUGUCUACCUUUAUGAAGAUUGAGUCAUUUUUCAGUCAGUCACCUUUUCUGCAGUUGGAGUUGGAACACGCCAUUUCCAUUUUCUACCCUAACAAAGAGGAGAAAGCAAACAAACUAAAGGAAAUCUGUCGUACCAACUGGACCAGAAGACAUGAUGCGUUUAACGUGGCAAUGGAGGUACUGGAGGCAUUACUACUCUGUGUAGACAGCGUGCAUGACAAUGAAGACAUGAGGUGGACCGAUCAAGUCACACACAAUGCUCUAGAGAUUUCAAAAGCAUUAACUGACUUUGAGUUUAUCAUGGCCUUAGUGGUCCUGAAAAAUGUCACUGCACUCACUCAAGCAUUUGGGCAGAAUGUUCAGGGGAAAGCAACAGAUAUCCAUUUUGCUGCAGCAAGUUUAAAAGCUGUGCUGCACUCCCUGAAGGAAGUGUCUGAGAACAUUGAUGUGUAUCAUGAGUUCUGGAAUGAUGAAGCUGUAAACCUAGCUGCUGCAAUGGAAAUCCCAGUUAAAGUUCCUCGGUCCAUCUUGAGAAAGCACCAGUCAGAGUAUAGAAACAUUCGGCCAGAGCAUUACUAUAAGAAUCAUCUGUCUGUACUUGUGGUGGACUACAUCAUUAAAGAACUGAACGAGCUCUUCUGUGAGGAGCAUGUUAAGACUCUGAGGUGUCUGACGCUGGUACCAACCGUCAUAGAGCAGAAUAAGUCCACUGAACCUGAAGAGGAUAGCAUACAGGUGUUUAAAAAUGACAUACCAACAGUAGCAACCCUCUCCGCUGAGCUGCACUGCUGGUGGGUUAAAUGGAGCAAAAAGGGAAAGGGUGAAACCUUUCCCUCCAGUCUCCAUGAAACACUGCAGCUACCUGAUGUGAAGUUUUUUCCAAACAUGCUUGCAAUCCUGAGACUGAUAGGCAUCAUGCCUACCUUGAGUCUGGAAGACAGCUGCAAUGUUGCAUAUAAGCGCUUCAAGAUGUACAUAGAAGACAUUCCUCUCAAAUUCAAAUCCAAAAGUCUUGCUGUUAUAAACCUAAACUAUGAUGUUGGGUGUGAUCUGGAUUCAGUGGUUGAGAUGUACAUGAAAACAAACCCUGAGGAGGCAGAAGAGUUGUAGUCAAUAGUGAUGUGGUAGUUCAGCUCCUGUACAGAUUGUCUGCAUCUUUGUGUUUUGUGCAAAUUGUGUUAUGUUGACCUUGACCAUAUCACAUUGACUCUAGAGUAAAGCUCUGGAGUUGAAUAGAAUAAAGGAAAAAAAUCACAUUCUAAUCUGAUGGGUAUAAAAGAGGCAUAACAUAAGAUAAAAGAAAAAAAUGUUUAAACUUCCAAACUACUUGUUGAAAUACAAAAAACAGUUUCCUAGUUUGAGUCUGGGUUUAACUUAACAGUUUUUGUUUUGUUUUACUUUCUAAUGUGACGCCUGAAGUUGCAUUUUUUGUACAUCAUAAAAGACAGAAUGUAUGUGAUUUAAUCAAAUGUCAUACCAGCAUAUUUUUACGUAAAAGAAAGUGUUAUCAGUGUUUCUAGUGCUCAAGAAUUUGGAAAGAUGUAAAUAAAACAAAGCGUUAUUUGGCUUAAUAA